CCCUCAUCCACAACUAAUUCCUCCUCAUUCUAUCUCCUUCUCCGAACUCACUCUUAUCCGUUUCCUUCGUCUGCCGCCGCUUCAUCUCUUCUUCCUCUCUUCCGGCAUUGCCACCCAACACCAAAGUUGUCUCAUCAAAUUAUCGCCAUCUCCAAUCUCCUUUAUUCUUCCUCUUCUCGGAUCUCCUCCUUCUCCCUAUACUAUCAUUUGAUUCAUCUUGAACCCUGCCAGUGAGCCAGUAAGGGCAUACCCGUACAAGAACCCACCCUACCAAGAGAGUCAAAGCAGAGACGAAGGCGUCGACACACACAAGGAAUUGUGAUGGAGUUUCUGCAACACGAAUCAAAGCUCUAUUUUGUUGGGGAUUGGAGGAUUUUGGGUUUGUAGAUUUGAUGAAGGGCGCAUUUUCGAGAUUGUUCUUGUGAGUUAGCGAUUUGAGGAGUUUUAUUUAUAGAUUGAAGAAGGCCGAAUUUUUUGGAUUGUUCUUGUUCGUCGGGGAAGUAUACGAAGUGAUUGUUCUUGUUCGCUGGGGAUUAUUCUUGUCUUUCAGAGAAGCAGAAGAAGGGGCAAAAGAAGGGUCAAUAACGUAAUUUGAGAAUUUAGACACAAAAUUUGCAUCUUAAUCCAAACAUCACAAUUGGCCCAAAUUCCUUAAUUAAAUCUCUGUGUUUUUAAACAAGGGAUUUUGACUCAAAAUCCUCACAAAUAACUCAACACAAAUUUCGUAAUCCAAACGACCCCUUACAGAAUAGAUUCUAAGUACCUGAUAUGAAUUGGAAAGUGUGUGGGCCUAGGGCUGGCUAUUUGGUCCGGGUUUUUUGGUUUUACCCGAAACCGAACCGUAUAACUCGGACCGAGACCGGAUAGUAAACAAUUCAAUCCAAUCAUUGGGCUUAGAUUUGAGGUAAAAAACCCGUUCGGGACCGGAUCGAAAACUGGAUAAACAUCGGAUAAGAGAGCUCAACACCCAAAACUUAAGGGAAAUUUGCAUAAACGGUCACAAAUCUUUGCACUUAGUACAAACUUAACCAACUCCUCAUCCUUUCAGGCCUUAGGCCACUCAAAUCCCCACAAGCUCAAGACCGAGUUGGGACCGGACCGGAUCAAGCCGGACUAUAUUUGGUCCUUAUAUUUUCAAAAAGACCGGAUUGGACCGGAUCAAUUUGGGCCAAUUUAACCGGACCGGACCGUAUAGCCACGCUAUGUGGGGCAGUGUUUACAAAAUCGUCCAAAUUGAAAAAACCUCUUAUUGUAGCCCAAUCAAACAUGUAACACUUUUAUAAGUAUGCCUCAUCUUUAGGGAUGGCAAUGGGGCGGGUUUGCAUAAAUCAUCCAGAUCCCCGCUUUCAAAUAUCCAAAUCCAUACCCGCCCCAUACCCAAGCGGGGAAAGGAUUUGCAAACCCAUCCCCAUACCCGUGGGUUUCGGGUACCCAUGGGUAAUACCUGCCUCGUACAUCCUACAUUAUAAUAGCUAAAAUUUUACAUACAAAAAUUUCAAUUAUAAUACUAAACGCACCUACUAUUUCAUAAAGUCGACAAAGAGACAAUCAUUCUUAAUACUAUUCUAAGCAUCUUAUUCUAAAACAUCCAAUAAUCCAUAAGAUAGAGUAACAAUAUAAGCCAAAUCAUUCUCUGACUUUGGUACAUCUAUUAAGUAAUAAAUAACUUACAAACAUAAUGUUGUAAGCAAUGGGGAAAAAGUCAAAGAAUGGGAAAAAAUCCAAAAGUACCACUGUUUAAAAAAAGAAUUCCAAAAAUACCACCCAACCUCAAAAAAUUCCAAAAAUACCACCCUUUUUCAAAAACCGCUACCCCACCCUGCGGUUUACACGAAAACCGUUUGUCGGGGGUGCGGUUUUCUAUGCAAACUGCGGGGCUAAGGGGCGGUUAUAAAAAAAAAUUUGGACCAAACCGCUAGGUGGGGUGGCGGUUUGGCCCAAAACCGCCACCCCACCCAGCGGUUUGAUCCAAUUUUUUUUUUUUUCCGAUCAACUCCUAACUUCGGCCGAAACUUCAAACGAACGUAACUUUGCACUCGGGUAUCCGAUUGUAGCGAUUUGUUUUUCAUUUCGCAUAAAUUUUCAAGUUCUACAACUUUUACUAGGAUGAAAUUUUCAAAACAGGAAUUAUUUGUGGAUAUACGGGACCUUGGGAAUCACUUUACCUUUACUUUUCACAAAUUCAUAUACAUUUUGAAAUUAUGAUUAUCUAAAAAGUUGUAUAUCUUGAAAAGUUAUGCGGAAUAAAAAAAAAUUCAUGACAUUCGGAUUUGGGAGCACAAAGUUAUGGCCGCCCUAAGUUUGACGAAAUAAAAAAAACUCGUUCGGGGUUGCAAAUGUCAUUUUUUCGAGACGAAGGCGGGACCCGACGGUUCGCGGCUUGCAAGAUCUCAAAAAGUUAUUCGGAUUCAAAAAAUGGAGGCCGCAAACUUUUUGAGAUCUUGCAAGCCGCAAACUGCCGGGUCUCGCCUUUCGUCAAACUUUGGGCGGUCAUAACUUUGUGCUCCAAAAUCUAAACGUCAUGAAUUUUUUUUUUAUUCCGCCUAACUUUUCAAGAUCUACAACUUUUAAUAUAAUCAUAAUUUCAAAAUGUACAUGGAUUUGUGAAAAGUAAAGAUAAAGUUAUUCUCAAGGUCCCGUAUAUCCACAAGUAAUUCCUGUUUUGAAAAUUUCAUCCUAGUAAAAAUUGUAGAUCUUGAAAAGUUAUGCGAAAUGAAAAAAAUAUCGCUACAAUCGGAUAUCCGAGUGCAAAGUUACGUUCGUUUGAAGUUUCGGCCGAAGUUAGGAGUUGAUCGGAAAAAAAAAAAAUUUGGACCAAACCGCUGGGUGGGAGGCGGUUUGGUCCAAUUUUUUUUUUUUUAUAACCGCCCCUUAGCCACGCGGUUUGCAUAGAAAACCGCGCCCCCAACAAGCGGUUUUCGUGUAAACCGCAGGGUGGGGUGACGGUUUUUGAAAAAGGUGGUAUUUUUGGAAUUUUUUGGGGUUGGGUGGUAUUUUUGGAAUUCUUUUUUUAAACAGUGGUAUUUCUGGAAAAAGUCCCAAAGAAUGAAGGAAGAUUUGGAGGAAAUGAAUUAUGUUUUGAUUUGGUUGGUCACUCAAUUGUAUUUCUACUAUUUAUUUUCAUGAGUUACCCUUGCUAUUAAUGAUAGAUUACAAUUUAAUUUGUACAUUUUAUAUGUGAAUAAAUGUUUUUGGUGGGGCAGGUAUGGGUAUGGGUCGGGGGACGCUAAACCCAUACCCGCCCCAUACCCAUCAAAUUUUUUGCGGGCUUUACCCAUACCCAGGGCCGUAGCCAGGAUUUUGUCGAGGGUGGAUCCAUUUAGAAAAAAUUACGAUAAAAUAGUUUUGUUAGCAUUUUAAAUAAUUCAUGAUAUACUUUUGUAUUUACAAAAAUUUGGUAAAUUAAUUAUAGGUCGAAACUCUCAAGAAUAUCACUAUGUAUAUAUCAACCAAUUAUUAAUGAUUUAGUUAGACAUUUGCUUUUGAAUGGUGUUCUUCGUCAAGACCAUUUAGUACCAAUAACUCAAGUUUUUGUGAAAGAUUUAAUAAUAGACUUAUACUAUUUAACAAUGUUUUUCGUCAAGACCAGUUACUACCACUUUCCCGCUAACGAAAACCAACUAAUACGUGCUUAAAUUUUUCGCAAAUCCGAAUAUCAUGUGCUUUACAAAUGGGGUCUCCAAAAUCCGAACUCAUGAUCUCUCGGUCAACCAUUCUCAAUUAGAAGUGUCUUAAAUUUCAUUCUCAAUUAAACAUUAUACUAUUUUACUCAUGUUUGUCUUUAGGAGCCACCUGUUACACUCUCUCUACCCCUGAUUGAAAUAAAAUUAUUUUUAUAAAUUAGCUAUGAUUUGGUGCAAAUUUGUUCGAGAUGUUAGACAAAUACAUCUUUAAUUUUGGGUGGAUCAUAUGCACCAUUAUCAUUUGUACAUAACUCGUUAUAAAAAUAUUGUAUAUGUCAAUACGCAACUUAUAUCAUUCAUCAAAUGUUUAAACGAUCAACUAUUCUCAUUUAAAUACGUGUUAUUUUUCAUACCCGAUUUACUAUUAUACCUAAUUUAUUAUUUUUCCUCCCGAACCCCUCUAACCUUCUCCCUCCGCCCCUGCCCAUACCCGCGGCCAUGAGUUUGAUUACCAUUCCUACUAAGCUUGAGGCAGAACACUUCACUUUCCCCCUCCUAUGUGUUAUAUAUAAUAAGCAAUCGAUUGCUACGUGGGUUAGCCAGCGGUUCCUUUAUUUGUUAUCAUGUUAAGGCGUUGUUAUAGUGUUUUAGAUGAAUUGGUGUAUCCGAAUUUGAAUGGAGAGGGAGGAAUUAGAUGUUUGAUUGGUAUGCACACCUAAACCAUAAAUGAGUAGGAAGGGGUGUCCUCUCCCGCAAAACAGUUAGCUAACUCUGCACUGCAGCACCACCGCCAUUUCCCAUCCCACGUUUCACCCUCUCCACCACCACCGCCAGCCGGCCUCCGUCGCCGCCAACAACCCAACAAAGGAAAAAAAAAAAGAAACGUACGCAGCAUUUAAGUCUGCUGAAACCUGAUCCCGAAGAGAGAGAGAGAGAGCGCGAAAGCGACUCUCGUCCCACUCUCUUUGCCACCUGCGUGCAGCUCACGUGCCAUUUGGUUUCCCGUCCCGAACAAUAACAUCAAAAUGCAGACUCUCUUAACUAGUAUUGUUAUUGUCCCAGUCCACUGCUUCUACUUUCUGUGGUGUUAGGGAGAAUGCAGUUGUUGUUGUUGCUCACUUGUUUCCCUUCCCUUGUGUGAUCUGAUCUUACUUACUUUUACUUAACAAACAAACAAAACCAGCAAGGAAGCAAUUCCCAACCCCAUUCAGUCAUUCUCGCCAUUCCUCCCUCCAUUUUCCCUUUCCCCUUUCUCUUCCUGCCUGCAAUAUCUUUCUUCUUUCUCCCCCCAUUUCAGUUUCUCACUCAUCACAGUCAGUCCCCACCCCGCAAAAGUACCCAAAAAAAAAACAGAGAAGGCACAAUCAAACUCAGAUCCUUCCAUUCCACUGGACACAAAGCGAAAACUGAAGCAAUGUCGCUAUCCAUUCCGAUGUCUCCUCCUCCGCUCCCCUUCCUUCCUCUGCCCGCCGCCGGCAUCUCUCCUCCGCUCACCACCGCAACCCAAUCGCAAGCACACCCCUCGUCUUCGCCAUUGGAGAACCUGAAGCCCAGCAUUCUGAUCAUAAUCCUCAUCCUCUCCAUCACACUCCUCGUCUCCCUCUCCCUGUGCCUCCUCCUCCGCCUCCUCAACCGCCGUUGCCUCCACCCCCUCUCCUCAUCCUCCUCCUCUGCUUCCUCCUCCACCGCCUCCUCCAACCGCAGCCGCGUCUCCCCUCAAAUCACCGACUCUUCUCUCCUCGACUCCCUCCCUCUCUUCACCUUCGCCUCCAUCCACCGCCGCUCAGCCUCAGCCUCCUCCUCGGGCGAUUGCGCGGUCUGUCUCUCCAAAUUCGAGCCAAACGACCAGCUCCGCCUCCUCCCUCUGUGCUGCCACGCCUUCCACUCCGCCUGCAUCGACACCUGGCUCCUCUCCAACCAGACCUGCCCUCUCUGCCGCUCCCCACUCCACGCCUCCGAUUCCGACAUCCUCAAGGCACUCUCCGGGAGCUUCCGCCUCGAGAUCGGGUCCGUCAGUCGGCGGCAGGGGGAGGACGUCCGCCGCGGGGGAUCCUACUCCAUGGGGUCCUUCGACUACGUUGUGGAGGAGGAGGAGGAAUUGGAGGUGGUAACGGAGGUCCAGAGCGCGGGGGACAGGAGAAGCGUGUCGGAGAACAAGGAGGAUGAGCUGGCGGCGGAGGUGGGGAGGAGCAGCUGGCUCAAGGAUUGCGUGGACAGGCUGUCGUCGUCGUUCCGGAGCUCAGGGAGGUUCUUGAGCAGCCGGCGGAGCGGGGAAGCAGCAGCGGUGGCGGAGUAUGACGUGGAGGAGGCUAAUAGGUACGGGGAAGAGAUCAGCGAGCUCUUCCGCUGGUUCUCGGGUGUGUGAAUGAAAUUGAUUUUCUUUCGCCUGUCUACCUACCUAUUCUAUUUCUAGUCUACCACACUCAAAACGCAUAGGCUUGUUAGGUUAGUAAUAGUAGGGUCCCCCUCCCCUCCUUUGAAUUUUACUUUGGAUAUACUGUCAUCGUUUUCACAAUCCUUCCUUCUGCGCGCUACUGCUCUUUUCUUCUUCUUCUUCUUCUUCUUCUUCCGCUGCUCUUGACUUUUAGUGUCAUUGUGAAUUAGGGAAGGGAAGGGGGCUACUUGGUCAAAGCGGA